GAUAAUUUGAUGCAAGAGACCUCUGUCGAAAUUUAUGCGAACCCCAGUAUUUAAAUCUUUCAACGGUUAGCAUUGCGAGGAAGCGUUUGUACACAAUAUGAAAAGUACCGUGUUUGUAUGCGAAAAACAAGCGUGUAAAUAGAAAAAUUACAGUCGAACAAAGUGUGAAGAUUUAAUUCAUAAAAAUGAACGACACUCGUAAUUCAAAGAAGGAGAAGAAGCAACAUAUACAAGUUUACAUUCGUGUCAGACCGAUAAAUGAUUCUGAAAGAAUUGGAAAAUCAGUAACAGUUGUGGAUAUUCCGUCUAAUAAAGAAAUAGUCGUUCGAGAUAGAUCACCGUACGAUAAAUUCACGAAGAAAUUCACUUUUGACAAAGUAUUUGGACCUAACUCGAAACAAUUAGAAGUAUACAAUGUAGUUGUCAGUCCAUUAGUGGAGGAAGUUUUGGCCGGAUAUAAUUGUACAGUGUUUGCUUAUGGUCAAACUGGUACAGGGAAAACUUUUACCAUGGAAGGAACAAAUAAUGAUCCAUCAUUACAUUGGCAAAAAGACACCCUCGCUGGAAUCAUACCACGUGCUUUAAGUCAUUUAUUCGAUGAACUGCGUAUAUUAGAGGUACAAGAGUAUUCGAUAAGAGUCAGUUUCUUAGAAUUAUAUAACGAAGAAAUAUUUGACUUAUUAUCUCCUAGCGAUGAAGCUGCUAAGAUAAGGAUAUACGAGGAUCCAACCAAAAAAGGUUCAGUGAUAGUACAUGGUUUAGAAGAAAUGCCAAUUCACACUAAAAUUGAAGUAUUCAAAAUUCUUCAACGAGGUUCAGAGAAAAGACAAACAGCAGCUACAUUGAUGAAUGCUCAUUCAAGUCGUUCUCACACAAUAUUUUCUAUUACCAUUCAUAUAAAGGAAUAUACUAUAGACGGUGAAGAAUUAGUAAAGACGGGAAAACUAAAUCUAGUUGACUUAGCGGGUAGUGAAAAUAUUGGGAAGUCUGGUGCCGUUGAUCGAAGAGCGAGAGAAGCAGGCAAUAUUAAUCAGUCUCUGUUAACAUUAAGUCGAGUUAUAACGGCGCUUAUAGAAAAAACUCCACACGUACCAUAUAGAGAAUCGAAGUUAACGCGGCUGCUCCAAGAAUCAUUGGGUGGACGUACGAGAACUUCGAUAAUUGCAACAGUGUCUCCUGCCAGUAUUAAUCUUGAAGAAACCUUGUCGACUUUGGAUUAUGCACAUCGUGCGAAAAAUAUAACGAAUCGACCUGAAAUUAACCAAAAAUUUUCUAAGAAAGCAUUACUUCAGGAAUACAUAGCAGAAAUUGAAAAAUUAAAAAAAGAUUUAUUAGCAACUCGUGAACGUAAUGGUAUUUAUUUAAAUCCAGAUAGUUACAACGAGAUGCAAUCAUUAAUAGAAUUACAGAGUAAGGAGAUAGAAGAAAAGUUACAUUACAUUAAAGCGCUCGAAGAAGCUAUGCAUUUUAAGGAGCAACUGUUCAACAAAUUAAAAUCUAAGAAUUCUGAACAAGCACAUGAGCUACAAAAUACAACAAAUCAAUUGGAAAGUACAGUAAAUGCAUUGAUGAUAACAUCAUCGUAUUUGGCAGUAUCGGAACAAGAGAAAGAAGAGCAAAAAUAUCUUGUUGAAAAACAUGCUUCUACGGAAAAUAUUCUCCUGUCGCAAGUACAAAAGGUUUUAGAUGUCGCUGAUACAGCUACCGCAGAUGUACAUAAACUUCAUGAUAAGGUUUUUCGUAAAAUACAAGUAGGGCAACAAAAUAACUGUCUUGGACAACAGUUCAAGAAAUAUAUUAAAGAUCGAAUUGUAAACAUCGAAGCUGAUGUUUCAGAACAGGCGGAGACUUUGAUCAAAUUCUGUACCUUUGUGAAAGAAAAUAUUGAUGCGCAAUCUAUUUCACUUAACGAAGCUAUUGAUAAGUCGAUUCAAACGAUAUCCGGAAGUCUUGUUAAUUCCGUGCAAAAUAUAACCGAUGAACUAAAAAGGAACAUAAAUGAUGCUAAUUUAAAGCAUCAACAAUGGUUUGAAGAUGAGAUAAAAAAUGUUACGACCGUAGCAGACAAAGAACGUAGGGUAUCAAAACACAUGUUCAGUAUUACAGAGAAAAUUAAGCAAUUACUGGAGAAUAAAAUAGCCGAAAAUUGUCACGUUUUAAAUGCCGAUACAUCUUGUAAAAUCGACAGUUUAACGGAAUCUGCAAAAGAAUUAAUUACAUCAAUAUUUAUAUAUUCGAACGAGAAGUGUGAUCGUUUAAAUAACAAUAUUGAAGAAGUCAAAGAAAACAUUGAAAAUAUUCGGCAGAGUCAAAAUACUGUUAUGAAAGAACAUGCAAAUUUUGCAAAGGUAAUGGAAGAUUUACAACGCUGUUUUAAUGAGCUACAAAAAGAAGAGAAAGAAAAUUAUUCCUUGACGCAUGAUGCGUUAAAUGAUAUCGAUGAAACGUGUAGUAUUGUAAAUAACCAGAUUUCGAAUACUUGCCGUAUAAAUAUAGAAAAUGGAAAUCAUGUACAAGAGAAACUUCAAGAUAAUUUAGAAACAGUGAAACGAGAGGUUGCAGUGGAAACGGAAAAGGCGUGGACAUUAACGGAAAAUACUGUCGCACAAAGUAAAGUGUUAAUAGAUCAAUUUCAAGCAUAUUUAGGCAAAAAUUGUGAUACAGUUGCGAAUUACAAAAAUUGUGUGGAGCGUAGUAUAAGAGAAUUGGAGCAGAAAAUGGAAGAAGAUAAGAGCCCCCUUUUAUCGGCAAUUAAUGACGUUUAUAUGACAGUUUAUAACGCAAGCGAUAAACACGCAAAGUGCUUAAAUAUUUGUAAAACAGCUUUCAUGAACGUGUGUAUGGAAGUAAGUAAAAAACUUGAAUAUGAAAAUACGAGUGCAGCAAACACGAAUAGUAGGAUUAUCGCAGAAAUACAAUCGAUACGUAAUCAGGUUGACAAGUUUUUCGUCGAGGAUCUGUUUCGCGAUGUUCCAACAGGAUAUACUCCAGUAAGGAAAAGCUUUCAAUAUCCAAGGAAACUUAUUAAAACAUCUCCUCCUGAACGAAUUCUUAAUAGAUAUAGAGAAGCACUUAAAGAAAUUAACGAUGAUAAAGAACACGAAACAACUUUUGCAUUGAACAAUAACACAGAAAUAAACAAAACUGUGAAUGCAACCUGAGAAAUUGAUUUGA